AUUUUCCCAUACUAAUCAAUCACCCGCUCGAUCAUCUCUUGUUGACUGUCCUUAACUCAGAGUAAAAUGCGAAUAACUAUGCAAUCACCCCGCUUUCAAAAAUCCCCAUCUUUCCGUAUUAAAUCCCACCUUUCAAAUCGAUUGAUAUCACACUUCAACAUUACCACUCGCACGGCUCGGGGUCAAUGUAAUCGCCAUUGGAGCCGUGCCGUCGAGGAGGGCUACGAACACCACCGUGCCAGAGUCUCAGCGAGAUGUUUCCGCUUCUCCACCUCAACGAAAAACCGCACCCAGGAGACGUCCGAUUUCCUGAAUCAUUUCAUUCGAGCAAACAAGCCGUCCCAAAGCACAGUUGAACAUUUUUCUUCACUGGGCUGGACUCGUGAAGUCCUAGAGAACGAUGCGUAUAAGAUGGUCCCAUUUUUCUCGCGAUAUGGGAUCGAACAUACCGGAGAGAAUCGUUUCUUUGCUCGGACUGUAAAUACCGACACGACGGUACCCCACAUCCUGGCACUCAGACUGAAAGAUCUCGAGACACCUGAAUCUGGCGUUUCAACCCCCAGAUACCAGUCGGCGCAGAAGGAGCUUGCUAAUUUGGCGAUUGCUGAGGUCGUUUGUUUAAUGGCACUCGGCGAAGACCUGCAAGCACAUCCCUCUAUUGUGCAUGGAGGUUUCCAGGCUGUCAUUUUUGAUGAAGCUAUGAGGCUCUUAAUCCUGCUGCAUCAAAAUAAUAUCUGCAUCCCGGGACCAAGAGACAUCCAUUUCACCGCCACUAUGACGAUAUCCUAUUCGGCUCCUGUAAUUGCCCCGAGUAACGUCCUUGUUCGAUGUCGCCUGGUCAGAAGAGAGGGUAGAAAGUGGUUUACAAAGGGCGAGAUUAUAGAUAGUGCUGGGAAGAUCUUGACCAGUGCAGAGAGCAUGUGGGUGACGGCAAAACGUUUUGUUGGCUCUUGAGUGUGUUUUUAGAAUGCGACGAGAUUGGGGUUCUAGGGGUUGCAACAAUCUUCAGGGGGCCAUUGAGGGGCGUGUCGCUUAAAUCUCGACUAGCAUGCCUGCAGGUGCAAGGGGGGUGAGAGCCUUUAUCACAAAGUAUGGAAGAGUGGAGCGUGGAGCAUAGCAGCUGCUUUUUAUAGAGAAUGAUACGUUGCAAAUUCCAUCUGAGG